ACUAGACCAGUCUGUUCAAAGCCCCUUGCAGCCUGGCCUUGAACACUUCCAGGCCUGGGCUAUGCACGACUUCUCUGAGAAAUGUGUGCCAGUGCCUCACAACCCUUACAGAAAAGAAUUUCUUCCUAAUAUCUACUCUAAACCUGCCCUCUUUCAGUUUACAGCCAUUCCCCUUUUCCUUAUGCACUUCAUGCCUUUGUAAAAAGUCCCUCUCCAGCCCUGCUAGAAUCAUCCUGCAAGACGACUGUAAGACCAACUUGGAAUCUCCUCUUUUCCAUGCUGAACAAUUCCAAAAAUACCAAUUCUUUUAGCUUGUGCUCCAACCCUCUGUCUCUAUACUCAUUGCCUUCAUCUUUGUGGCCCACCCUUUGGGCUUGCUGCCAUGGGAGAAACAAUCCACACUGGCCCUUCAGAUCCACCUGGAGGAAGAAGUCCUCUUCUUGACUCAGGGCUGAUCCCAGGCUCAUGUGAGGCAGCAUCAGUCCUGGAAAGCCAAAUCCUCAGUGGCGCCUGGAAAGGCAUGGCUGCCCAGGCCAGACCAUGCUGCAGAGGAGGCUGACGAGACAGGGCUCCGGCUGCACAUGACAUCCCAUCCAGAACACCAGUGCCUAUUGCAUUGCCUUCAUGUCCUUCAUGUUCAAUUGGGCAUGAAAGCAAUGCAAUAGGCAAUGGUCCUGACCAUUGGAUACCACGGAUCUUCCUUUGCUCCAUCUCUUCCCACUUCCUGACUACUGUGUCCUCGCUUCUCUCUCCUCAGGAAACGCUAAGUGCCCAAGCUGCCCUGAGGGAACAGUGCCAGCUCCUCACAGGGAAUGCAACUGGGUGUACAGCUCCUGUCUGCGUGCCUCUUCCUACCUGUGGAAGUGAAUCCUCUCUCUGUGUCCCAGAGAGAGGGGAAUUUAUUCUGGAGACAAGGUGUCCAGGAGAUUUGGCUUCCUAAUCCAGUGGGAGCAGUUGUAUGAACAGCAGGGCAGGUGCUGCAGGUGGCUGCAGGUCCACAUGCACAGCUCAAGGCAGCAGUGAGGCACUGCGUGGAGGGACAGUAGGUCUCACAUACAUAGGGACAUAUGGAAGAAAGAGAACAUACACGCAAAAAACCACACAAAUCAGCACAGGCAGUGAGCACUGAUCCCACCUCAAAGAGCUGUCUGUUCCUGUUCCUCUCCCUGGCUGCAGUAGGAUGAAAUCCUUUUGGCAGAGAAAAUGUCUGUUUACACCUGUACAGUGUGGCCUUGAGAGUGAAAGCCUCUCCAUCUACACCUGGAAACCACACCCUGCAGUGCACAAUUUCUCCCAGCACCAGCCUGGGCUGCUGGGCUGGGGUCUGCCCAGAGGUGACCUCCUUAUCCAGGGCCUUUAGCACCAUUCCCACCCUUUUCUGGCUUUUGCUAUGCAGGAUCCCAUUUAGGCCUCCCCUCUGCCACAGCUCUUAGCUCACCAGCAGGACAAGGAGCACAUUUCCUCUCUUCCCUCCUCCACACAAGAGCCAGCCCAGCACAGGAGGCUGUGGUGCAGCCAGCUGAAGGUGCACAGUCCCUGAAGGACAGAGCUGACCAGCAGGUUCCUCUGCUGGCUGUCCCCACCUGGGGUCAGCCAGAGGUGAGCUGCAGCCCCUGCUGGCUCUGGACAUGGCCCCCUCCCCUUGGCUGCAGGAAGAAGGCAGGAUUCCAUGCAGGAUUGCUGGCUCUAGGAGGAGAGCAGGAGUAGAACAAGGGUGAUUGAUCCUGGGAGGUUGGGAUGAAUCAGGAUCUGGAAGAGUCUGUCUCCUUGUCCCUCUGAGCCCUGAGACCCCAGGUUCUGGAGCUCAUCAAUCCCUGCAACACUUGACAAGGCCAUGGUGGAGGGUGACACCUCUCCACUUCUGGAGCCCUUGGAAGCUGACUGAUGUGAAAGGUGGAGCCUGUAUUGUAAUCCUCCAGCAGGCAGCAGGACAGCAGGGCUGGAACAAUCUCCCUCAGCAAUGAGAGCCAUUGUCUCCAAAUAUCUGAAGCUGAAGCAUAAAAUGCCUGAUGGAGGAAACCUCAUCCUGAGGACAAUGGAGGCCAGCACUUACACACAGAGGGUCUCUGAGAUGGGGGUGAGUGCUGCAGCCUGCAUCCCCACUUGGCUGAGAGGGAAUGUUUUGUGGAAGACUGAUGGUCAGGCAGUCGGUAGCAUCCCUCCCUCCUCUGCUCUGAGCACUUCGAGCUCAGCCUCUCUUCAUGUGAAGGGGUCCAUCCCAAAGAUGCUCCAUUUGCCUUGUCAGGGCCUGGGAACCUCCUCUCAGUUACUCCUGCCUGGCAAAGACUGGCUUUGCAAGGAGAUUGGCUAUUUCCUAUGUCAGUUACUAGGACACAUGGGCAGUGGUAUGGUGAGCUGCCUGAGGAACAACCUGCAGAGAACAAUCCAGCCUUGGCCCCAUGCCUUUGGGGAGUCUCCAGAAAAAAGACCACAUUCCCUCUCAGUCCUGGGCACGUUCACUCAGUGUCCUGCUCUUGCUGCCCGGGUGAGACUGGAGGUGCUGCACAGUGGGCUGGAGAGGCUCUCUAAAUUGGUGCUCCCACAUAUUGGCUGAAGAGAUGUCUUGGAAAGCAAGGACACAGGCUCCCACAGGGUGGGGAUCAAAGCAGAAGCACAUCAUCAAAAUGGGAGUCUUCCAAUGGAGUGCUUGCAAACAAAUCCUCAAAUUGGCCACUGUUUGCCCUUCUAAAGCCUCUGUUGUCAUUCUGGCAUUUGCCCUCUGCUUUCUCACACAAUCCUGCAUCCCAGCAUCUCAGAAUGACUGCAGGUAAACUGGCACCCAGCCUCUACUUCCCCACCAGUUCUGCCUAACUGGGGAGUGUGAGAGCCAGCAGAGUCCAUUUCCUCCUUGGGUCUUCCAUAACCUGUCUCACAAAGCUCCAUGAAAAGGAACCUCCAGUGUCCCCUGGAUUUAUUUCAUCUUUACUGCUGAAAACAAACUCAGAAACUGCAGCACAUGUUGCAGAGGCUGACAGCUGCCUCUGUGAGCUGUCCCUCACAACUGCUGGGGCUCAGGGCUGUGGGGAUGGUUUUCAGGCUGUGAGAGGGCAAAGCAACCAGGCACAGUGGGAGCAACUUUCUCUGGGAUUAAUUCUCCCUUCCUGUAUUGUCCCUGCUGCUAGCGCUGCUGCUGUGCUUUCUGCCUUUAUCAGUGUUUCUCUCCAGGCUCCUUGCCCUUAUGUCAUUGUUGCAGAUAAGUCUUUGCCUUCAAAUCAUUAGGGAUUCCAGAAAACUGGAUGGCAGGACUGCUCAGGGAAUUCAGGCUCAUGGAGAAACUGCCAUCAGCCACUGAGAGAGAGAGAACAUGCUCCACCAAGUCCAUUUCUGAACAGGAGCACACUUGCUGUUCCUUGGACUUGGAACCCUCCCCAGCCUUACCCAUCCCACUUCAUGUUGGUCAGAUGGCCUGGAGAGCAGCAAUGAUAGAAAUAGGAGUGUGAAUGCAGACAGCUCUGUGAAUGCAAUAGCUGCAACUAUGGGAGUUUCCUUUGCCCCCAGUCCAGAGCUGUUAAAGAAGAGCAUGACCACCAGCUUAACAGCAACCACGGCAUGAGGGAAAGGCUCCUGAGGCACAGAAGAAACAGUCUGAAAACAAAGUUUAGAUGAAGCAAGAACAUUGUAAGAGACAGAGGAGAGAGGAGUGGGAAGGAAGUGGCCAUCGAGCCCAGGGUGCUCUGCAGCUUGGCCACCUCUGUCUGUAAGAAGCUCCCUGGCAGCUGAGUGCUGUGGGUGACCUCGCUGAUGGCACUGAGGAGUGCAGCAGGCACAGAGCCACAGUUCUGCAGUGUGACAAUGUGACCCUGUGCUUUCACCUGUGGUUCACAGGCUGCUGGGAGAGCUGUGGAUACUCAUGAACCCCACAUCUCCAUCAGGAAGUGUGUGGGACCAGGGGAAGCCCUGCUUCCACAAAGGGGAUGUGUUCUUGCAGCUGCACUUCCUGCAUGGCUGCUGGGAGGCUGGAGGUUCCACAAGUCUUGUGAAUGUGUUUUUCUGUGGGGUGAGAGCUUGUGAACAUUAGGUACAUAAGGAUAUUUAGAAAGGUAGGCUCUGACUCUGCCUGCAGCCUGUUGUGCACAAAAUAAGAGAAUCAGAGGAUGUCUUGUACAAGACAGCUCAGGCUUGUCCUCCCUUGUAAGCAGUUCUGUGCCCUGAUCUUGUGAUGCUUCAGCUGCAAGGCCUGUGCUGUGGCUAUGAGCUCUCCUAUUCCUGUGUCUCUGCACCCAUGCAGUCCUCUGCACAGGGAGAAACCAGCUGAUGGAACAUCUCAGCCUGUUCCACGUAUGUCUGCAGUGUUUGCAGUCACAACCAAGUGACACUUCAUGAUCUGUCUCUGGCACUGCCAAGUGAUCCUCCUGCCCCACAAUGCCAGGUCAUACUGAACCCUUUUGCUCAAAGCCCCAACCUCCCUUCCAAUGCAAUUCGAUCAAAAGAGAGUUGGCAAGUUCUCUGUUGUGCUCAGGAUUUCUGGGCUCAGGAUGCACAUGGGCACUGCCCAGACAAAGUCACAGAUGUGCUUUCCUCUCAAUUUGGGUUCCCUUUUGCAGGCUGUGCUCAGUGGGCUUAGCCCUUUGCUAGCAAAUGCCAAAUGUACCUGCCCAUGUAUGUAUUGUCACACGCAUGGAGCCUCAGCAGGAGAGAGCAGGCAGCAGAGAGGGAAGGGCAUGUAUGGCCUGUGAAAGUGCCUGAGGCUGUGCAAAGGGAGAUUGUGUGAGCUCCAGUGAUGCUCCACUUCAUCUGUUUCCCUUGUCUUGGUACACUUUGUGUGUUGCAAUGAGCAUCUUGUGAAAUGUCCUGGCAGGGAAAUUAUGAAAAUUUUCCAAUCUCCAUGUGCUGUGGGGUACACCAGUGUGGGAGGUGCCCUGUGGAGGAGGAAGGCUCUUUGUGGCCACACUGGUAACGGGGACCCUUGGAGAGAAGAGUGAUCCUCCUGUAGAGAUGAUGAAUGCCCAAGGGAGAGUCAGUCCUGGAAGUGCAGCCCCAGCAGAAGAGAGAGGCUGCACCUGGCUGAACAUCUGGGUCUUCCUUAUUUUUGCCCUUGCAAUCAAAGCAGCCUUUGUGACCUUGUGCCUCUUGUUUAUGCUCCACCCUGGAUUCAGCAGCUCCAGCUUGCUUCCCUUCUGCCACAGCAGUGAGCAGCCCUCAGCCCUGCAGCAGCACUUCUCGCAGUGGGAGUGUGACUCAGCGGGGCCACAAGGCACAGACCGAGGCUGGACAUGCUGCCCAAAGGGCUGGAGAAGGUUUCAAGGAAGCUGCUAUUUCCUGUCCCCUGACACAAUGUCAUGGGAUGAGAGUGCAGAGAACUGCACUGGGAUGGGCUCCCAGCUGGUGGUGAUCACCAGCAGGGCAGAGCAGGAUUUCCUCUCUGAGCAGAUAAGACAAUCUAAAGAACCUAAACCAGACAAUUUAUACAUCGGACUGUUUGCAGAGAAGGGGGGCCAGUGGCAGUGGGUGGACAAGACUCCAUACCAUGUGACUGCAGCGUUCUGGCGAAAAGGAGAACCAAGUGAAGGACAUGAUGAGAAUUGUGUUAUAAUCCACAGGGAUACUGAACUGCCCAACAAUUGGAAUGAUGUCAGAUGUUUGAAUUAUCAUCGAAUUUGUGAAGCUGCAGCAGUAAUUGUGUGAUGGAAAUACCCCUGUCCUGAGUAAAGCUGGGAGCUCAGCAGGGAGCUGGGAACAGCUCUGGCUGUGCUGGGAAGGGUGGGGAGCUCUGACACAACUUCACUGUGUGGGGUGGGACCAUGUGUGUGCAAGUGAAAUGAGCUUUGUCCAGCAUCCCCAGUGCAUGUGGUGGCUCAGGGAACACAGGGAGGCUCAGGCUCAUUGGAGCAGCUCUGGGUUUCUUGUGUCCUCUUCUCUCUGAGUGGUUCCAGCAGCCUCUGGCUGAAAAGAGAUGGACUUCUCCAGGAGGAAGACACUGGAAUGGAAGCCAGAUAUCCUGAGAUGCAAUGUCCUUUUUCUCCUUGAGCAGAGCUGUUUGCUUUUUUUUUGAAAAUGUCCUCUAUCUGUACUGGUUGUGCUGAACAAAUUCUGAAAUGUUAGAGAAGAGAAAAUACAGUAUCAGAACAAUGAA